AUGGCAAAGGCAUAUAGACAAGAAGAUUUUGAUGAAAUGAUGAAGAAAGUAGAGGAUAUGGAUCAUAGAGUGAAGGAUUAUCUUAUGUUGGCAGGAUAUGAGAAGUGGGCAAGAGUAUAUGCACCUGUAAACAGAGGUAGGAUGAUGACAUCCAAUAUCGCAGAAUGUAUCAAUUCGUGUUUAGUGGAGGCACGAGAACUACCAAUAAUUGAUUUUCUGGAGCAAGUUCGAAUUUUAUUUGGAGAUUGGAAUUGCAGAAAUAGAGAAAAGGCAACAUAUACAUUUACUACCCUUGGAAGAAAAUUCCAAGAGAUGUUAGUUGUGAAUGAGGCAAAGUCUUCACGUAUGACGGUGAGACCUUCUUCUGAAUCAUUGUACGGAGUUGAUGAUAACGGACGGAGAUACAUUGUUUGCUUGAUUAGUAAAACAUGUAGUUGUGGAAGGUUCCAAUUAGACGAGAUACCGUGUUCGCAUGCAAUUGCAGUUUUAAGAAAAAAAAACAUAACUGAGUUUGAACCAUACUGCUCAGAAUACUACAAGCCAUCAACACUAAUAAGUACAUAUGAGAUACCAAUUGGUCCGCUGCCGGAUGAAGAAGAUUGGAAUAUACCUGAUAGUGUGUUAAACGAAGUUGUUUUUCCACCUAAAUACAAGCGACCACCAGGGAGGCCAAAGAAGAGCAGACAUAAGAACAUGAGUGAAAAAAUAUCAUCAAGUACAAAUUGUUGUGGACAGUGUGGUCAAGAAGGUCACAAUCGACGUACUUGUAGUUAUUUUCCAAUGAAGAGAUGA